UCGGCGCUUGCGUCCGCUAUACGUAAUUGUUGGACAAUAACGUCGCUGUCUUGCGCUGUCUCUAACGGAGCGAAAAACGCGCCGCGACACGGUCGAUCGGAUGAAACGCGGUAUCGUCGAGUGUGACGGAACGAUACAUACGGAGAGCCAUGAAAGAGGAGCCGCGCGAUCGUUCGUCGGAAUCAUCGAUCGAGAAUAAUUUCAGAGUAGAGUGAAGAAGGAAAAAUAGGCAAAAAAACGGGGCCAGGAAAGAAACGCAGAAGGGGCCCUGUGAAAAAAACAAGUGAGAGAGAGAGAGUGAGAGGGGGGAAGAGUGAGCGAACGACGGAACGAGAUAAAGAGAAAGAAAGAAAGAAAGAAAGAGAGAGAGAAAGAGAUAGGGAGAGAGUGGGACGAAGUGUCGGUUAUAAUAGUCGCAUAACACGCGAUCCUGGUGGGCACGUCUCGACGGCGCCAUAAACCGUGUGCGCCAUUCGUUCGGCAAAGCACGUCGUUUCCGCGGAAGGGCAGAUGCCCUUACGCGGUACAUCGUAUCGUUGGUGGUUUCGUUCUUGCACGUCCGGAUCGCCUCAUUUUGCAAGAUCCGGCACGGUUCUAUUGUUCCUCGCGUGUCCACGUUCCUCGCGUUUUUCAUAUUUCACGACGAACUGUCGACCGCCCCCCCGUGGGGGGCAGUUCUCUCUCUGUCGACGCCGUCGUUCUCCUUUUAUUUUGGAAAAAAUAAUAAAGAAAGUUCAAGGAAUAAACGUAAGCGCGGCGGCGGUUCCCAAUACGGAUUUAAUAGCAGCGCCGUCGAAAGGCAAAACAAAAAUAAUAACAAUAAUAACAAUAAUAAUAAUAAUAAUAAUAAUAACGAAAACGACGACGACAACGGUGACGACGACGACGUCGUCGAAAACAUCGAUAACGACGUCGAAGACGAAAACUACGACGAGGAGAACGUCGGCGGCGAGAACGACGAGGACGAGCAGAACCAAAGCAAGAGAGAUAAGAACAGUUGAGAGAAGAAGAACUACGAGAGAUAGAAUAACGAAUAGCAGCCUUUUAUUCGGGAUAAAUACGGCGUUUAGGAGCAUAGGGAAAAGAACGUCAACUUCGAGAACAAGGAAGUGGAGGAGGACGAAGACGAGAACAAGGAGGAGAACGACGACAGCAGCGAUAGCAACGCCACCAGUGCAGCCGCCAUCAACAUCGUGAAGCAGUUGGCUGUACGACGUGAAGAGAAAGAAGAAGGAGAGGAAAUGCUCGUAGGUCCGCGAGCGGCGGUACGAUCAAAUAUGGAGGCUCGGCCGGCCCUCUAAACGCGUUUGUGGACCUUUCCUCUCUGUGUCUGCAUAACCAGCCGCCGUGCGCGCACGUGUGCCGUCGCGGCCAACUAUCGAGUCUGUUGCUGUUGCUGCUUUACCGUUUCUCCUUCGUGUACUACUCGACUUCCUUCCCCUUACUUUAUUCUAUUUUCUCUCUUACUAUCUCUUUCUCUCUCUCUCUCUCUCUCUAUCUUUCUCUCUCUCUCUCUCUCUCUCUCUUUCUCUCUUUCUCUCUGUCUAUAUCUCUUAUUAGUUUCUUAUUCUUGAGCCUCGUCAAAGCUGGAGAAUGGAGCUCCGCGUUGGAAAUAAGUACCGGCUCGGACGGAAAAUCGGGAGCGGCUCCUUCGGGGAUAUUUAUCUGGGUACCAACAUCUCAACUGGCGAGGAAGUCGCCAUCAAACUGGAAUGCAUAAAAACACGGCAUCCCCAACUUCACAUAGAAUCGAAAUUCUAUAAAAUGAUGCAAGGAGGAGUUGGUAUUCCUACGAUAAAGUGGUGUGGUUCAGAAGGAGACUAUAAUGUAAUGGUAAUGGAAUUACUUGGUCCAUCGUUGGAGGAUUUAUUUAAUUUUUGUUCCCGGCGAUUUACAUUAAAGACUGUGUUACUCCUUGCGGAUCAAUUGAUAAGUAGAACAGAUUAUAUCCACAGUCGAAACUUCAUCCAUCGAGAUAUCAAGCCAGAUAAUUUUUUGAUGGGUCUAGGAAAGAAAGGAAAUCUCGUAUACAUCAUAGAUUUUGGUUUAGCUAAAAAAUAUCGCGAUGGUCGCACACACAAACAUAUACCUUAUCGAGAAAACAAAAAUUUAACUGGAACAGCCAGAUACGCGAGUAUAAACACACAUUUGGGAAUUGAACAGUCACGGCGAGACGAUCUUGAAUCUCUAGGAUAUGUUCUCAUGUAUUUCAACAGAGGUAGUUUACCGUGGCAAGGAUUAAAAGCAGCUACGAAAAGGCAAAAAUACGAGCGUAUUUCAGAAAAGAAGAUGUCAACGCCCAUCGAAGAAUUAUGCAAGGGUUAUCCUAUCGAAUUUGGCUCCUAUCUGAAGUACUGUCGGGCACUAAGAUUUGAGGAAAGGCCUGAUUAUUCGUAUCUUCGGCAACUCUUCCGGACAUUAUUCCAUGGUCAGGGCUUCACAUACGAUUAUGUCUUCGAUUGGAAUAUGUUGAAAUUUGGUAAUACCAGACAACAAACCUUGCCUUCGGUGCAGCAGACACCAAUGCACUCUCAACCGACAAAUGCAGCGCUGCCAUCUGGAACCAAUAAUGAACAGGAGCAUAGAUCAAGGCCGUACACUCGACAGUGUCUGGCAAAUGCGUCGGUUGCAACAAUGGGUCAAACGGUAGGGGGAACGUCGUCGAAUCUGAGAACCAUACGGCAAAAGCGCCGCGAAGCGUUGGAUGCUCAUGGUGACCAGGACAAUCAGGACAAGAGCGAUCUGCAAGCAUCGGGUGCAGGUGGCCAAGAACGAAGGGUCAGCAUGCGGUUGCACCGUAGAGAUGCAGCUUCAGCUGCAGGAGAAAUGCAGUCCAAAUCCAAUUUUGGAAGCGCCAAUGCGACGGCAAUGGCCCCACCCACCCUGGUGGCCAGGCGGGCAAGCGUUCCACACAACAAGUGAACCAGCAACAGCAAUAGCAGAAUCAUAAUCUUCAUCAUCAUCAUCAUCAUCAUCAUCAUCAUCAGCGACGUCGAGGUGAAGCUAGCAGCAAUCAUCGACAAGCUACGUUCCUACACGGUCAGCGAUAGGCUUCUUCGCCACGCAGUGAAAAUUGCAGUGUCGUUUGGUGUACGGUGACAACGAGAGAUAGAGACAAGGAUAGAGAUAAAAAUUGCAAUGAGAAGAAGGAAAGAAAGAUAGAAUGAACGAACGAAUGAAUGAAUGAAUAAAUAAAUAAAUAAAUAAAUAAAUAAAUAAAUAAAAGGGAGAGAAAGAGAGCAAGAAAGAAAGAAAGAAAGAAACACACUUGCAAAUCUUUCAAAUGAGUUGUCAGCAGCUGCGUUAUCUAUAUAUAAACGUUUUUUUAUUAUUUAUAGGAGAGAGAGAGAGAGAGAGAGAGAGAGAGAGAGAGAGAGAGAGAGAGAGAGAGAACGUCAUAUGUGUGUAUGUAUGUAUAUAUGUUUAUGUGCGUAUGUAUAUAUGUACGUAUGUAUGUAUGUACGUAUGUAUGUAUGUACGUAUGUAUGUAUGAAUGUAUGGAUGUAUGAAAGACAGUAAAGAUAGCUAGAGAGAAAGAAAUAUAUAACAAGUACCGAUGCUUAAAGCGAAUCAACAAGCGAGAGAUCUCCCAUGUGCUUUUAUACAAAGCGAAGUGAGAGAGAAAUACUGAACAAUGUCCAAGUGCGUUGUGUUGAUGGUGGUGGUGGUGGUGGUGGUGGAAGUCGAUUAGCUUUUUUAAAAGAAAUAAAAAAAAAAUCCGAUGAAAGGCGAAUGUGUGCGCGCGUGUGUGUAUGUAUGUGUGUAUGCAUUGUGUGUGUGUGUGUAUGGUGUAUACACACACAUACAUGCUGUAUUCGUAGUGAUUUUCUAACGUUCGGGCCGAUCGUUAAAGCGUACGAUACGCUAUUAUAUUAAUACAUAGGUAAGGUCCCGAAUAUGAGAGUUAGAACGAAAAAUAUUAGCUCGAGACUGAAAAUAUUUAAAGGGAUGGUAAACGUAUGUGAAAGAUCAAAAUAGGUUGGAGUGCAAUCGUGCAAUUUCUGGCACAUAUCCUGAAGAGAAGUAUUUCAUAUAAAAAAGAAUGAAAAAAAAAUAAAAGAAAGGUGGGAAAAGAAAAAAGAAGAAGAAGAAGAAGAAGAGAAAUCGGUUAUUCGAUGAUAAAAUAAUUUUCAAAGAGAAAUGCGAUAUGUGUCGAGUAUAAAUAAAAGUGUUAUAGUAUGCUUGGACGAUAUUGGCUAUGAGAGAAAAGAAAAGAAAAAGAAAAAAAAAAACGUACAUACAUCACAUGAGAUUCGAUUAAACGAAAAUACAAAAUUUCGUUUUCCAUUUAUAAACAGUAAAGACGGGGUAGUAUAAUGUUUUUGACGAGUGUAACGUUUUAACGAACGAAUGAAACAUCGUUUGCAUGUUUACAAAGCACGAUUCUCUUGACAUGAUCUUUAACGAGGUAGCUUUGACUCUGACUUUGUCGAAUCGCGAUGUGUUUAUCCAACUAGGGCGCUUUGUAUGAUCACAGAUAAAUCAGAGAUAGUAUGUAGAGAAGUAUCGUUGCGAUUUAGAGAUUUUUCAUUUGCUUGCGGAAGGACCAUAUUAAAUAAAUCAAAUAAUGUGAAACGACCUUAGAUUUUUUUUCUUUUUUUUUUCUUAUUAUCUUUUUUUGUUUCGUUUGUUCUUUUUUUUUCUUUUUUUUUUUCAUUAUUUGCCGGAAACUUCAAAGCCAGAGAUCAUUGUCUACCGAUGAACGAGUUCUAUCGAUUCACGGUGUUUACGCGAUGAUGAUGUGUGCGUUUUUAUGGGAGACAAAAAAAGGACAAAAGAAAAUAAAAAAGGAGAAAAAAUUACAGUGAAAUAGAAAGAAUAGGAAAAAGUUGUAAAAUAUGUAGAUUAAUUAAUAAUAACCUAUCGAAUUGUAAUAUGUACAUAUAGAUAAAAGAGAGUCCAUCGUUGACCGAAACGAUAUUUCGAACUACGACUAAUGUAUGAGAGCGAGUAAAAAGUAAAACAAAACGAAAAAAGAAAAAAAAGAAAAACAGAAGAAGGAAAAAAAUAUGCGUAUCCUCUCUCUGGUCUUCGCGAGCCGUAAUAAAUAAUAUAAGGAAUAAUUAUGAUGAUGGGACAUCGUAAAACUUUAUUGAUAUGGUAGAAGAAUAAUCAGGAGUUUGAUUGACAUCGUCCUUUGAAAACUAUAUAUAUUUAUAUACAUAUAUAUACAUACAUACAUAUAUAUAUAUAUACACAUAUAUAAGUCCCGAGGGUUCUGCUAGAUGUUGAUGAAACUCCAGUGUCUCAAGAAAACCAUAGUAAAAGUCGGUAAAAAAAAAAACGUCAUUGAAUAAUAGAGUAACGUUGCGAUAUAUUCUCGCUAUGGAAAAAAAAAAAAAAACGAAAAAAAAAAACAAGAAAAAGAAAAGAAAAAAAAGAAUGCUCUAGUUAUAUUAAACAAUCAUACAGAACGUAGUACAACGGUCUUAAGGAAGAGUGAAAAAGUACAUAUAGAUGUAAGAGACAAUUCACUCGGGUUGUGGUAGACCUUAAGGGAGACAUAAUCAGUAUAUUCGGUGUAACGCCAACACAUUCGGUCGGACGUACUGUAUAAUUUUUUUUUUUUUUUUUUUACAUAUCCCUUUAUUAAUGUUCUUUUUUCCCUUCCUAUUAAUUUUAUUCUCUUCUCUUCUUUUCUCAUUUCUAACAAAAUAUGAGCGUUCACGUUGUAUCACUCUCUAUCUUAUUUUUGUUCGUUGCUCUCUCUCCUUUAUAAAAUAUAAACGUAAACAAUUCUAGAAAAAGACGAAGGCAUAUCUCGGACUAACGAUUUUGUUGUUCAAUCAAUAAACGAUUAUUAAUUUAAAUAAAUAAAACAAAACAAAAAAAAAAAAGAAAUGAAAAAAAAAAUGAAAAAAACCACAAGAAAAAAGAGAACAAAAGAGACAAAAGAAAAAAAACUCUCUCUUUGUAAAAUGACCGUGCGUUGCGCGUCUUUAAACGGGGAGGGGGAGGAGAAGGAGGAGGAGGCAGUAAAAAACGACGCGAUGAAAACUGUGAUUUGUCUCUGAAAUGACCGCCGGUGAAGAAAAUAAUAAUAAUAAAAAUAAUAAUAAUAAUAAUAAUAAUAAUAAUAAUAACAAUAACAACAAGAAAAAAAAAGUAUCAAGAAAAAGCAGGCCCUUGUCUCUUAGAUACGCGUGUCGUACAUGGCUCUUCGUGUGUAUUAACGUGUUUGCACCAAGAUGUGUAUGCAUGUGGUGUGCAUUGUGUGUGUGUGUGUGUGUGAUGUGUGAUGUGUGAUGUGUGUUCGUGCGCCUGCGCGCACGCACGCUUGUAAUUCGCAUGUAUAUGCGAUAUUUCGUAUGUGAUUGUGUGUGCAGCCAGAAAAAAGGUAUGAUUUUGAUUAGAGAAAUAAGACGACGAUUCUUAUGGUGCGAACACGACUCUCUCUGCUGUCUGUCGUUAUUGAUAGAAUUUUUAAGUUGUAUACGUCGAUUAUAAUUAAUACCGAUGGUUUAUAUGGUAUGAUAUAUAAAUGAUUCGAACGCGUUUCUUGGGAAUGAUAACUAUUGUGUAGGUUCAGUCGGUAUUUUGCAAAGUAUAAAAAAAUAAACGUAAUGAAAAAAAAAAAGAAAACGAAUCGAUGACUUGUGGGUUGAAAAUAAAAUAAAAUAACAUAAAAUAAAGUGAAAUGAAAUAAAAA